AUGGCGCUGCAGGCGGUUUACAAGAAGUUCCUCGCUGCGCCGAACACGUCGGCUCUUGCAGACGACGCGUCGCUGCACUAUGUGACCACCACUACCAGCAUCGUCGGCGCCACAGAAAUUAUCAAGCACCUCUCUACUGUGCGCAACAGGAUCAACAAGAAGAAGGAGGAUGCUCUCUCUGCGGUAGAGGGCGGCAAUGUGCUCGUAUUUGAGGCCGAGACUAUCCUCGAGUUUGUCAGCAGCGGCGGUCCCUAUCUCCCGGGCAUGGACGAUAACUUCCUUGCCGACCGUGUCGUCACACUUCCCAUUAUCCACAUUGUGACGUUCAACAGCGAUGGCAAGAUUACUCAGAUUCGCCAAAGCUGGGACCAGGGCUGUCUGCUCAAGCAGGUUGAAGUUAUAGGCCGUUCUGGCGCAAACUGGCCUAUUCGCGACGCCAAGGAACAGAUCAACCUGAUCACAAAAUGCGUUCAAGGCCAAGGCGCCGCUGCCGCUGCCACCCAAACUCUGCCUACUCGCUCGCGUGGUGGCUCAACCAAUGCCAUGCGCGACCCUCAUGCGACUCUGGAGCUGUUUGCGCCGCGCGAGGAGUUGGAGAGCACUCCUGCUACCGUCGUCUCUCCUUACGCGGGCCGUAGGCCCCGCCAGCGCUCCUUCACCGAGAUUCUCGGGGAUGAGCCCCAGGACCCCGAGUCUCCCACCGACGGUCGCAAUCGCUCUGAGUCCCCAAGCAAGGCCAGUGUUUCGCGUACGAGGCCCCGUCAGCGCUCUUUCACUGAAAUCCUGGGUGAUGAGCCCGUCGACGAGCCCGGUUCGCCUAGUGAGGGCCGUGGUCGUUCGCACUCACCUGGCAAGGUCAUCGCCCCUAAGGUCGGCGCUGGCAAGAACUUCCAGCCCCAGCGCAUCUUCGAUGAGGAAGUCGCUGAUGACACCCCUGAGACGCAUGAGAGGAAGCCGUCGGCCGGCCGGUUUGUGCGCCCGGAUCCUAAGAAAUACGAGCACUUCGACUUCGACGACGGUUCCGAGACCCCUGCACCACCAGCCCCGAAGCCGGCAACGGGCAAGAAGACGGUGCAUGAGAGCUCGUGGUCCUUUGAGGAUUUCACAACUCCCCAAAAGCCCAUUGCCAUGAAGGGCGGUCACCGUGCCCGCGACAUCCGUCACUGGGGCCCCGAUAACGAGCUACUUCCCAAUACCCCUAACCCGAAUGCUCCAGUGCCCAAACCCCGGCGUGAUAACGAGGCUCACUUCGAGUUUGUUGAUGAUGGGGAGCAGACGGAGGAGCAGAGAUCUCGCCCGACUCGUAGCAGCGUUCACAGCAAGCAUCUGUUCGAGAACCGACUGCCCAUCACAGAUGACGCUAAAGAUGAUGUCCCUGAGAAGCCUUCGGUCAAAGUCGCCAACGCAAAGGACCGUCUGAAGGACUUUGGUGCUCACUUUGAUUUGACCGAUAGCUCGCCGCACCACAACGGCACUUCCGAGCCUGCUAAGGUUCCUGAGCACCGCAAGAAGGCGGUGUCCAUGAUCCAGCCCAGCUGGGCGCCCCAUGAUGAGUCUCCGCAAAAGGAAAAUAGCAAGCCUGGAGGCAGGCUCGGCCCUGACGAGCACCGUAUCGCCAUUGGCGGCGAUGGCAUGGGUGGCAAGAAGGGUUCCAGUCGCGCCUGGUUUACCGGCGAGGAUGAAGAGCCUGCUCCGGUGAAGAAGAGUCGUGGUCCCCCGGCCAAGUCGGAUAAUUUUUGGGACUUUUAA